CCUGAACUGACGUGUCACGCUUCCACUUCCGUCUUACGUCUACAGAGGAGUUGUAAUAUUUACCAGCAGUUUUCUCAACUACGUGUUCUCUCGAUUGGGGAGAAAACAGUUGUGUUGCAAUGGCGACCUAUCAAGAGUUCAUUCAACAGAAUGAAGACAGAGACGGCAUCAGAUUUAGCUGGAAUGUGUGGCCCUCUAGCCGUCUGGAGGCAACCAGGAUGGUUGUCCCCCUCGGAGCCAUUUUCACUCCCCUGAAGGAAAGGCCAGACCUUCCACCCAUUCAGUACGAUCCUGUACUUUGUACCAGACCGACGUGCAGAGCGAUACUCAAUCCAUUUUGCCAAAUUGACUACAGAGCUAAAAUGUGGACAUGCAACUUUUGUUACCAGCGCAAUCCCUUCCCCCCUCAGUAUUCAGCAAUAUCAGAACAGCAUCAGCCCGCCGAGAUCAUCCCACAGUUCUCAACCUUGGAGUACACUAUCACACGUGCCACAUGCCACCCACCAAUCUUUUUGCUGGUUGUGGACACAUGCUUUCCUGAAGAUGAAGAUCUGCAAGGCCUGAAGGAGUCACUCCAGAUGUCCUUGAGUUUGCUCCCGCCCAACGCUUUGAUCGGCCUCAUCACCUAUGGCAAAAUGGUGCAGGUUCACGAACUGGGCAGUGAGGGGGUAUCCAAGUCGUACGUCUUCAGGGGAACCAAAGAGCUCAACGCCAAACAAAUCCAGGAGAUGCUUGGCAUUGGGAAGAACGCACAGAGCAACCCACAGCAGCAGCAGCGCGGAGGUGCCCAGGGCCAGCAACAACAGCAGUUUCAGCUGCCCUCAAACAGAUUCCUGCAGCCUGUGCACAAAUGUGACAUGAGCCUGACAGACCUGCUGGGAGAACUUCAGCGUGACCCCUGGCCGGUGGCUCAGGGCAAGAGGCCGCUGCGCUCAGUCGGGGCUGCCCUCUCUAUCGCUGUUGGAUUGCUGGAGUGCACGUUCCCCAACACAGGAGCUCGCAUCAUGCUGUUCAUGGGUGGCCCGUGUACCCAGGGCCCUGGCAUGGUGGUGGAUGAUGAGCUCAAACACCCGAUCCGAUCACAUCAUGACAUCGAGAAGGACAGCUGCAAGUACAUGAAGAAAGCCAUGAAGCACUACGAAGCUCUGGGAAACCGUGCAGCAAAUAACGGCCAUGUGAUAGACAUCUAUUCAUGUGCCCUGGAUCAGACUGGUUUGCAUGAGAUGAAGUUCUGCCCAAAAUACACGGGUGGCCACAUGGUGAUGGGAGACUCGUUCAACACGUCACUGUUCAAGCAGACCUUCCAACGAGUAUUCUCCCGCGACCAGAAAGGAGAAUUUAAAAUGGGAUUUGGCGCAACUCUUGAGAUUAAGACGUCCCGGGAGCUGAAGGUCUCUGGUGCCAUCGGGCCAUGUGUGUCGCUGGGUGUGAAGGGUCCGUCCGUGUCGGACACAGAGAUUGGUCUGGGUGGCACGUGCCAGUGGAAGAUGUGUGGCCUCUACCCUAACAGUUCACUCGCCAUCUGCUUUGAAGUCGUGAAUCAGCACAAUGCACCUAUACCUCAGGGUGGCCGGGGCUACAUACAGUUUAUCACACAGUACCAGCACUCCAGCGGAGAGCGAAGAGUUCGCGUCACUACUGUGGCUCGCAGCUGGGCAGACGCCAGUGCCAAUAUCCACCACGUCUCUGCCGGCUUUGAUCAGGAGGCAGCAGCAGUUCAGAUGGCGAGGAUAGCCGUGUACAGAGCCGAGACUGACGAUGGGCCAGAUGUCCUUCGCUGGCUGGAUCGUAUGCUUAUACGUUUGUGUCAGAAGUUUGGGGACUACCACAAGGAUGAUCCAACCUCGUUUCGCUACUCGGAGAAUUUCUCCCUGUACCCGCAGUUUAUGUUUCACCUGAGGAGGUCACAGUUUUUACAGGUGUUCAACAACAGUCCUGAUGAGACCUCCUAUUACAGACACAUGCUCAACGUGGAAGACUUGACUCAGUCACUCAUCAUGAUCCAGCCCAUACUCUAUGCCUACUCCUUCCACGGCCCCCCAGAGCCUGUACUGUUGGACAGUAGCAGCAUGCAAGCAGACAGAAUUCUUCUUAUGGACACGUUUUUCCACAUUCUUAUAUAUCAUGGAGAGACUAUUGCCCAGUGGAAAGCUCAAGGCUACCAGGACCUCCCAGAGUAUGAGAACCUGAAACAGUUGUUGCAAGCGCCACUUGAUGAUGCCCAGGAAAUUUUGCAGACGAGGUUCCCCAUGCCCAGGUACAUCGUGACGGAGGCCGGAGCAUCACAGGCUCGGUUCCUUCUGUCCAAGGUGAACCCUUCACAGACACACAACAACAUGUACGGCUUCGGAGGACAGGAUGGCUCGGUGCCGGUGCUGACGGACGAUGUGAGCCUGCAGGUGUUCAUGGAGCACCUCAAGAAACUGGCUGUGUCCAGCUCCUCCUGAACCGAAGCCUCGGCGCCGUGUGGUGACAGUCGGGGUAGUGGGCGCCUUCCGGUGGUCGUGACCGCCCGCAGACAGACGGCUCAGCGGGACCUGGAGAUGAGAGCGCGCGCUGUGACACUCAUCUGAGUGGCCAUGCUGUAGAUACGGGGGGUGGGGGUAAGAGAGGAGAGGAGGAGAAUGAGGAAUAUUUAUGGCUCUAGAGAGCGGGCAUUUUUUUUUUCGCCGAGAAAAAAGUUAUACUAUGCUGUAUAAGAGAAAGAAAGCAAAAUGGACAAAGGUUAUGGCAGAUAUAAAUUCUUCUGUGUGUCUGGGUAUUUUGUAGCAUGUCUAAGUGAGAGAGAGAGGGAGAGAUGUAUUCUUCGGAGCAUAUGUUGACAUGGGGGAGGUUAACGCUUUUCACCCACGCAGUGCGCAGAGCGCGCGACACUUAUCCCCUCGGACAAGGAUACAGGUGUGGUACAUGCUAUAUCACACCGUAACCGAUCGGCGUCCCGUGGGGGCAUAGUGUUUUUUAAAAAAAGGAUAGUGGUGAUGAUUCAAGAUCAUCUUUACUUGGGGUUUUUUUUUUUGCGUGGAUGUUUGUACAAUUCUUUAGGCACUAACAUUAUAUCAUUUGAAGAAAGUCUAGUCACCGGGCUAAAGAUUGGAGAAUUAUUCUUUGUUUCAAAUUUCUCGAGGGUGAUAUUUUCCGCCCCAUUGCUAUAUUAUGGUUUAAAGGUUUGUGAUAAGUUGGCGUGUGUGCAUGCGUGAACAUGUGAUUUCAACAUAAUGCACUCUGCCAGAAAGACUGAAGUGACUGUUGCUAACAAGUGUGACAGAAAUGAGUGGGUUCACUUCAUUGUUGUAUUGAUCUGUAUGAUACGUGUACACAACUACAUGUCUUUGUUUAGCUCACAGUUGGUUGGAAACUUGAACUGCUUCAAAAAAGUUUGAGGAUAGAAUUCAGAUGGCUUCUGUAUUCUUCUCUUCUUCCUUGCUGAAAAAUUGUACAUCUCUUCUCAGUUUGGAUAAGUGGCAGACGAUCAAAUGCUAUGCCUUUGAAAUGAUUUGUCUCCUCAUGAUCAUCGCACUAGUUGCUACCACUACCCCAGAGUGAGAAAGUUCUAACAUUUUUGGCCAUUUUGAGUUACUAAGACCAUCUCAAAGUUCCCCCGAGGGUAACUUAUGCACUUGUGUUAUGACUGCGCGUGUAUUAGCUAGCGAGGGGGAUAAACUUCAUCAAUGUAUGAUGUUACUGUUUUAUGUAUACUGUUGGAAACACUAACAGGGUCGGUUCAUCACUUUGAUGUUUCAGCAGUAUAAGUAUCUGGGAAGACUAUUUCACUGUACCGAGAUUUAUCCAUCUUUCAGCAAGAGAGAGAUUUUUUUUGUGUAACUGUUUUUCUUUCUGCAUCUUCCCUGUCAACUUUGUUGUAGUUCGCAGCAGACCAGUGCUGUAACAGCUGUUCUUGGUGCUGAAAGCUUCAUAAGUACCUGUAGUAUAGUUUGUCCUGCUCCAGGAAACGAGGCUGACAGGAAACAUUUGAGGUAGUAGUUAUAUUUUGCUGGGAACAAAUUUAGAUAAUUGUUGCUUUGAAAAUAAUUUUUAAAAGCAGAUAAUGCUGUGCCACAGCAGAGACGUCUCUCUGUCAACUUAAAUGGAUUGUGAUAACUUGCAUUAAUGGGAAUGUGCACAUUCAUAAAGAAGAGAACAAUUAACUUAAUAUUAACAAGCUGUGAGUUUUUAAUGGUUAAUAGGGGGAACUAUGUCACUCAGUGUUCACUGGAGCCAUUUAGACCUUGGAUUUGUCACAAAUUAUUGUUCAAAUCACAAUCCAAUGUUUACACAGAAACAGCCAGAUUAUAACUGCUGCUUCGUAGUUUGAAGAAAAGAUGACAUAAUUCAAUGUGUUUUGCAGCUCACUUGCAGUGUAUUUGUGUCACUGAACUGUUGGCUACAGUGGUGUAUCAGAGCAGUUUAGAGGAUGGAUGUGGCAAGGACAUAAGUUUCGUUAUUUUAUUGGUUAAUUGUUGUUUUUUUAAAUGACAUUAAGAAGUGAGACAGUAUACUUGAUUCUGCUACAUCAGUUCCUUCUAGUUCUCUGUGGGCUAUACUUAUGCAAUGUUCAUUAUUUAUGCUGUUGUAUAGUGCAUGCAACCGAACUAUUACUGUGAAAGUAUAGCCUGUUUAAAUAUUGGAUUUAACAUUGUUACUUUACUUAGUACAUUGAAGUACAUGAAUAUUCACCAGAUUAUUCUUGCAGUUUCCUUUGAAGAUUUUCCUCAAAAUCAGUGUGUUUGAAAAUGUCAGUAAAUAUUCGAAUUGAUGUCCGA